AUGAAAGCUUUGGCUGUUCCAACAGACAGGGAGAAAGGCUGGUACCUUUCCCUAAUGGCACCAAACACCAAAGGACCAAAGUUUGCCUGUUUGGACCCAUCAAGACUUUACUGUAAUUCCCAGGAACUAGCCCUGUCAGAUUGUUUGAAGGACCUUCUCUGUCCAUUCCAGAAUGAGGCCAUUGACCUGGUCGCGGGUAUAGAUGCAAUGGGAUUCAUCCUCGGUAAACAACCAGUCAAUGUUUCAGGAAAACAUACAAUCUCAACCAAUCUGCUACCACCCUUUCUGGCACCUGUGCAUACAAACCCAGAGCACAGUGACUACUCAGGCAGAGAGAAGAUGAUGGAGGUUCGCCUGGAUGUGUUAAGGCCAGGGCUCCAGGUGCUGAUAGCGGACCAGUGGAGAGAGACCGGAGGAACCAUGAAGGCUGCUAUCAAACUGGUGGAGAGGCAGGGAGCUACUGUUGUAGGUAUUGCUGCUGUGGCCAUUGAGAACAGCGAGGGAGGGAAGUGUAUCAAGGAGAAGACAAGCUCUCACUGCAUCCCGGAGGAACUACAGAUUCAAAUUGACAAACAAUAUCCUGACUCCUUCCAAGAGCUUCGCCAGUUAAGUGCUCAAACUCAAGGUCACCAGGAUUCUAUGUUAUUCUUGUAUGGUGCUUUGUCCAUGAAGUCACUAAGAUCAUGUAUUGCCUUGGAGUGUUGAAUGCAUUCAAUACAUUUGGCUUCUAUACAAGUAUAUUGUAUAUACAGUGCCUAGUGAAAGUCUA